CCACCACACCGAGCCUUUCCCCCACCACUCACACUCUACUACAAUGGACAAGAUCAAGCAGGUCUUUUCGCACGGCGACCACAAGGAGACGACCGGCACGCACGAGGGCCGUGGUGCUCCGUUCAACACGGCCUCGUCGCGCGACGUCGAGCAGACCCCGACCCACUCGUCGGCCGGUGACCGCGCGUCCGUGACCGACUCGUCGUCGCACCACAACUCGGGCCUCACCUCGGGCUCGUCGGCGACGACCGGCGCCACCACCACCGGUACCCACCAGUCGACCGGCAGCAAGAUCGCCGAGCACGUCAAGGAGCACGCCCACCCUCCCGCGCACAAGCACAGCCAGCCGCGCGGCGACGCCAUCCUCUCCGAAGCCGACGCCAAGGCGGCCACCCACGACCACCAGCACCUCGCCCCGGUCACGCACGAGACGCGCCAGCUGCACGAGGUUGAGGAGAUCGAGCGCCGCCGCGAGGUUGACCGCCACGUCCACCACGUCCAGCACCACGUCCAGCCCGUCCUCGACACGCAGCACCAGGCCGAGGUCCAGCGCGAGAACGUCGUCGCCCCGACCCACAUCAAGGAGCGCCACGUCGCGACCAACGAGGACAAGGCCCAGUUCGCCUCGCUCGCGUCCGGCGCCAAGGACACCGUCACCGAGGCGGCCAAGGAGCGUGUCAUCGUCGACAAGGGCGAGCACGUGACUGAGAACGUCAGCCACCACGUCCACCACGUCGUCCAGCCGCAGAUCGAGCGUGACGUCCACGAGCACCACCGCAUCCACACCGUCGUUCCCGUCCACCAGACGACUCACGAGGCGCCGGUCGUUCACGCCAGUGUCCUCCACGAGCCGCUCUCGCUGAAGGACUUUGUCGCCGGCGGCGGUGACCUCAAGUCGACGCUCAAGCACGACGCCGACCAGCUCCUCAACCACGGCGAGUGCGAGCGCACCGUCGACGGCCCGGCCGAGACCCUCGUCCAGCAGCUCGGCCUCUCGUCGCUCAACGACAAGUCGACCACCGGCACGACUGGCUCGACCGUCGGCUCCCCCACCGGCGCUUCGACCAUCGGCUCCUCGACGACCGGCACCCACCACUCGGAGAACCGCAUCUGAGCGCCUGCUCGCCCAUCUCGCACUUGAUCACCCCUAGGCGACCGUGACUCGCCCCACUUUGUAGCCAGGCCUCUAACGACCACAAGCAAUAGUCCAAGCAGUUCAUCAGUCCCCUUUU